AUGGCAGGACAUAAAGCAAGACGAAUACAGAAAGAUCUGAUGGACAUCCGUGCAGACACAGCAUCCCAAAUUUUGGCAGAGACGAUCGGGGACAGUAUGACGAAUCUUAGAGGCUCCUUCAAAGGCCCAUCGGGGACACCAUAUGAGGGUGGCACAUACGAAGUAUCCAUCACCAUCCCAAACGAGUAUCCUUUCAAGCCUCCCGUCAUGAGAUUCAUUACAAAAGUGUGGCACCCAAACAUCUCCAGUCAGACAGGUGCUAUUUGUCUAGAUACCCUAAGUACGGGUUGGUCGCCUGUGCUGACCAUCAAAUCCGCCAUGAUCUCGCUACAGUCGUUGCUCAGCUCACCUGAACCGAAAGACCCACAAGAUGCGGUGGUGGCACAACAAAUGAUCAAAAAUCCCAAGGAAUUUGAAAGGGCGGCCAAAGAGUGGGCGGUGAAGUACGCUGGAGCACCAAAGACCCUCAUCGGAGAAAGCAGCGGCGGGUCAACAGCCGAGUCCAUUGAAGAGGCCGAAAGGGAGAGCAAAGAACGAGAAGCGGCUGCAAACAUUGCCGUCUACGACGGUUACAACAAAGAGCUCAUUGAUCGAUUUGUGCAUAUGGGCUUCGACGUCGAACGAGUUGUAGAAGCCUUCAAUUAUGUGGGUAUUGACCGCAAUGGAGGACAAGACUACGAACUCGAAGAGGCGUAUAUGGGCGACAUCACGGCAAGGCUAUUGGGGGAACCAUAA